AUGGACUCCAUGGGCUACAAUCAAGAGCAGAUGGUAGAAAGUGGAAGACUUUAUGCUGCCGGUGACCAAAUGUCGAGGGUUAAAGUCGAGCAGCCAAUGCAAUUAGUCGACCAUUCUCACCACCCACCGCUUCUCAGGAGAGAUGACCACUCUCAAGUAGUCGUUCCCCAACAUUCGGCCAACCAUGGCUCCCCUCCUUCUACAACCACAAAGACUACCUAUACUUGUAAACACUGUGGGAAGAAGUAUAAACACAGGAACUGUUUGGUCAAACAUUUAUGGGAACACCACGAGAGCUGGGAAUUGUGUCUAAAGUUUAACCUGACUAAACACCAGCAGGUGCAGAUGAUGGAGGCAAGUCGAGCGGGUGUGAAAGAGUGGGAGUGA